AGUUUGUUCGUCUGUAUGAUUUUUUCUGAGGUCGACCUUAAAGCUAAGUAGUAGUCGUAGACCGCUGUGUAUGACGUUUUCCACUCAUCAAUAAUUAGAAAAAUACAUUACUGAGCUACAGAUAACUCUCUAUCGAUACCAAGUGAAACUAUCAAAAAAUAUCAAUUUUUAAAAACGUCUUGGCUAUCUCAUCUUAGAUUUUUAAUUAUUUAUUUACAAAUGAAUGACAAACUAACCUUUUACACUCAGUAGGAAUUGAUACAAACCUAGUACGAACGAUAGAAUUAGUUUCUUUUGCGAUAAGCAAUCACCUAUCGGCUAUCUACAUACAAAUCUGGAAGUUGCGCCAUCACAAGUUGAAGGAAAAAUUACUGUCGUCUUUGCGAUUAAUGUUUGUUUCAUAAUCACCAGUAAAUUUCCUAGCUGUCUAGGAGAAAAAAUUCUUUCUCUCGCGUUUGGGGAAUUUGUUAUCAUUUGCAAGCCCAUAAACGCAAAAAAUAAACUUUCCCCGGGUGAAAAAUGCGAUUUUAGCAAGGGUCACUUUUCCUCCGAUUCUCCCAAAAUCUGAGGUGGUAUAUCCCCGCAUUGGGGUCCUGCACUAGCGCUGGCUCGAGGUCUCCCCCCCCCCUUCCUAAACUGUUGGAUAUAUAUGACUAUAUCUACGUGUACAACUUGUGAGUGGUUCCCCAGAACGCUACCCAAUCUCCAUUCACCUCCACUUCUGCGAGCUGUGAAACUCAGUAAACGCCUUCGUUAGUUUUCCUUUACUGAUUGAUAUGCUCGAUUGUGUCCGAGUUCAAUCAUAUCAACUGCAGGUAUAAUCGAAGAAAAUCAAAAUGACUAAAGACCUUGAAUUAUUGAACGGGGUUAGUAAAUUAUUUACUGAGAGUAUCUUGGAGAAAAUAUUAGCAAAUAAAUGGGGGGAGACGGAUGUCGAGGUGACAGGAUGGGACUUUGGGGAGGCGUCUGCAAAGGGGGACAGCUAUCUGUCAGAAGUUGAUCGAGUGAUUAUUCACGGAAAUGUUAAAGGGAAGUUUACUCAACUCAAAAUCGUCGUUAAAUCCUUACCCAGUAAUUUGGGAAGGAGAGAGACGUAUCGGAGCACUGUGUUUUUCAAAAAUGAGAUUAUUUUUUACACCCAGGUCGUCCCAGAGUUCAAGAAGUUUCUCGCUUCAAAAAAUCAAGAGCAUCUGUUCCUAGUACCAGACUGUUUAGCUCAUGUUUUAGACGGUGAAAAUGAUUUCAUAGUUUUGGAAGACGUAAGUGUUUAUGGAUUUGGUCCAGCAUCUCGUCAGAGUACUCUGUGUUUAGAGGAAUGUCAAAUGAUUCUGAAGGCAAUGGCAAGAUUUCACGGAGUUUCUUUCGCCCUUAAAGAUCAAUGCGAGAAGCUGUUUUAUAAGAUCACCGAACAAUUGGAAGAAACUUAUUUCAGUGAAAAAUGGAGGGACUGGUACCAAAGGUUCCAGGAGCUUAUUGUGAGCAUCGCAAAGGACGCAAUAUCCGUGGAAUACCCGGGGACACAUCAACAAAAGAAAUUCUGUGAUUUACAUGGAAAAGAAUUUUGGGAUAAAAGCGUGAAAUUCUGUACUCGUUCUAAGACACCUACCUCGGUGGUGAACCAAGGAGAUGCUUGGGCUCCAAAUUUUUUAAUUCGCGUAAUGCCUAGUGGAGAACGAGAGACACUAUUACUUGAUUUUCAACUUGCCAGAUGUGCCAGCCCCAUCACUGAUUUGUCAUUCUUCAUGUACAGUUGCACGGAUCAGAAAAUGCGGGAUCAAAACUUUGAUUCUCUGCUGCAGUUUUAUCAUGAUGAGAUUUCCAGCACUAUUUCCACUCUUGGGUCUAAUGUGGACAAACUUUAUCCUUUGGAGGUGUUCCUUAAGGAGGUGAAAGAGCAAUUCGUUCAUGGUCUAGGUUUCUGCUUAGAAUCAAUCCCCCUCAGCAUGUUAGAGGACUCAGAAGCAUUUGAUUUAGAUAUAAUCAAAGGUGAUAAGCCAGUCAACAUAGCUGAUGUAUGGACAUUGAAACCUAUAAAAGAGGCGGUGAAACGUCGACGACUUGCUGACGCUCUAGUCGACGCCAUUGACCGCGGUUUCCUGUGAUCAGCUUGAAUUUGUCCUACAAGUAUUUUCUUUACACCAUGAACAUUUUACGACAAAAUGUUUUUAAUUUGUAAAACGAAUUCGUUGAAAUAUAAACGAUCUAUAUUCAAUAAGCGUACAACAAA